AUGCUAUAUGAAAUUGGGAUGGGUGCUGGAGCAAAGGGCGAGAGUGGUGCUUCUCAAUCUAUUGAAGGCGAUACUGGUGCUGCAGUUGAUGGAAUUGCAAAUUAUGGACCUGGUUUCAAACCCCCUUCUAUGCAUGAAUUGAGGACUUGGAUUCUUAAAGCAGAAGUAAAGGAUAUAAAUGUCAUGAUGGAGGAACAUAAGAAAGCAUGGAAACAAUAUGGAUGCUCAAUUAUGUCAGAUGGCUGGAUAGAUGGGAAAAGUAGAGUUCUUAUUAAUUUUCUUGUGAAUAGCCCUGCUGGAACUUGGUUUUUAAAAUCAAUUGAUGCAUCUGAUACUAUAAAAAAUGGGGAGUUGAUGUUUAACUAUCUUGAUAGUGUCGUAGAUGAAAUUGGGGAAGAUAAUGUUGUUCAAGUUAUUACUGAUAAUGCUUCAAACUAUGUCAAUGCCGGGUCAAGACUUAUGGAGAAGAGGAAGAAGUUGUAUUGGACUCCAUGUGCUGCGCAUUGUAUUGAUUUAAUGUUGGAGGACAUUGGAAAAUUGAAAGUCUGUGACCAAACUCUCUCGUUAUCUAGGCAAGUGGUCAAGUUUAUAUAUGGACAUUGUUGGGUUCUUUCAAUGAUGAGAUCAUUUACAAAGAACAGUGAACUACUCCGUCCAGCAGUAACACGGUUUGCCACUGCUUAUCUUACUCUCCAAAGUCUUUACAAACAAAAGCAACCACUCCAAGCUAUGUUUUCUUCAGAAAAGUGGGCUUCUAGUAGUUGGGCAAGAAAGGUUGAAGGGGUAAAGGCUAGUGCAACUGUGUUGUUUGAUCCAAAAUUUUGGCCUAAUGUUGCUUUUUGUAUCAAAAGCACAAUACCUUUGGUUAGUGUUUUGGAAGAUAGAGCAGGUGAUGGAAAAAUUGCUAUAAAUUGA